AUGUUUUUUGGUACUACUAUAUUACACUUGAGAGUUGUCCUAUUAUACUUGUGUUCCUUGUCACUUGGCUUGACUCACUGCUACUGUCACCCAUUUUUGGCGCUCUUUAUGAACAGUUCUGAGUCAGAAGCCGAAGGAAAAGGCGAAAUAUGUGACAAUUUUAUAAGUAGAAAUGUAAACAAGGAAUCUCAAAAUAUUGAACGCAUGUACGGGCCUGGGACUUUAUGUCCAAUAUCUCCACCGUUCCCCGUUAGCCUUUACCAUCUUUGCCCACCCGAGGUUGUGCCUAUGAGAACAGACUUGGUCUGGUACCGUUGUAUAGUCAGGUUCCAUAAAUGGAUCGUCCGAGUUUCUAAACGAAAUAUCUCUUUGGAGUUCUUAUCCCUGUUGAAAUCCGUUCCCAAUCCAGGUGUCUUCAGUACCCAGUUACUUAUUCUUAAUUCUUUCAUGCCAUUUAUUUUUUCUUACAUAUUUAUACCAUCUGUGUUCUUACCAGUUGUAUUAUUUAUCUUAAUCUUAGACUUUUUCAAAGCUGUUUUCCUCGACUAG